AUGACUUUGAGCGAUGAAUUAGUGUAUGAAUGGUUGAGAACACAGGGUCUGUUAGCUAGCUCAGUGCCUUGCGUUGUCCCCGAUUGCGAGGGGACGAUGCAUUUACGCUCCUCGUCACGAAAUCCUGGUGGUUCCAUAUUCCGAUGCAAUGUAGACAGACUUCACACGAGAAAUUGUAGAGCCAACUCAUUUUUUGAGAAAACCAAUUUGUCGAUUCAGGACAUUAUUUUAUUUAUAAAGUCUUAUCUUGAUGGUUGCUCACUUGGACAAUGCGCGCGUUUUUCCGGGGUUUCCUAUAACACGACAGCUGUUCACUGGGGCUCCUACAUAAGGGAGCUGUUUAAGGAACACUUCCACAACAACAUAAAAAGAAAACAGCUGUCUGGUAUCAUCGAGAUCGAUGAGUCACUGUUCGGUCGGCGAGUAAAGCACAACAGGGGAAAUCCCAACUGUGGAUUAAAGAUUUGGGUGUUCGGAAUGGUCGAGAGAGAGACAAACACCAUUAUAUUAUACCCCGUAGCAGACAGGAAAGAGGAAACAUUGCUCCCAAUCAUUCAACGCCAUUGUUUGCCUGGGAGUUCCAUAUACAGCGAUGGGUGGUCGGCAUAUUGCCCAUGGCCACUAAAUGAUAUGGGAUAUGAACACUUUACAGUCAUACAUAAGUAUGCAUUCAAAAAGACCUAUGUCAAUGCGGAGACAGGUGAAGAGAAGUCCAUCCACACGAACCGUAUCGAGGGGGCAUGGAAACAUGCAAAAGAGCACUUCAAGAGAAUGUCAGGUACUAAAAUUUCACAGUUUGAGGGUCACAUGGCAGAGAUUAUGUGGAGAAAUCACGUGAAAUACCACCUGUAUGAUGGAUUCUUCAAUCUUGUGAAAUCAGUAUACCCCCUCAAUGCCCAACCUACUUACAAUUAUACUACACCACUAUUUGAGACGUGGGCUGGUGUUCCUUCCAGCGAGUUGGGAGACUGGGAUAUUAGACCAGGAAACACUGAUGCGGAGAGCGAUUCAGAAGUUAUGAGUACGCCAGAGGUUUCCUCCCUUCGUACAGUUGUAUCAGAUUCUGACGAUUACGAAUCCAUUCCACGAAAUCAAACUGCUAGUGAGAACACCAUUCGG